AUGUUAGGAAAUAAAUGUAUAAAGUUACUGAAAUGUUACAGUGAAAAAGUGGAAGUUCAAAUGUGUAAAUUAACAGACGCGAUUGGAGACAGUGAUUCUGAAAGUGUGGACAAUUUAGUAGACGAAGACUGUGAACUAUUAAGACAGGCGGAAAACUACUUGAUUGAAUUAGAACAGUUCACUGAAAAUAUGAAAGCGAAGAAAAUUGUAGAUGGAAAAGGACAUGAAGUAAAGACUGAAAGUAGUCGACUCAUAGAUUUGCAAGAACAAAUGCAAGAUUUAUUGUUCAGACAAAUGCAGCAGCAAAGGGAGUUAAUGGAACGGCAAGAAGAAAGAGAAAAACGGCAAAAGGGCAGUGUGAAAUUACCAAAAUUAGAUCUGUGCACAUUCAAUGGAAAUAAAUUGAAGUGGGCUCAAUUUUGGGACGCAUGUGAGUGCACAGUUCAUACGAAUAGGGACUUGUCCCCAAUCGAUAAGUUUAAUUAUCUACAAAGUAAGGUUGUAGGCGAAGCCAAACAAUCCAUUGCUGGAUUGGCGUUGUCCAAGGAAAAUUAUGAUGUGGCAGUUACGAUUCUUAAAGAGAGGUUUGGAAAUCCACAAGAAGCUGUGGAUUUACACUACAACAAGCUGAUAAAUAUCCCAAUACCUAGUGAGAAAGUGGAAAGUUUAAGAAUAUUUUUGGAUACGAUAGAAAGACACCUUCACAGUUUAGAGGUAUUAAAGGAAAAUACCAACCAACAUGUGUUUAUUUCAAUGAUUCGGUCGAAACUUCCUAGAAAUGUAUUAAGGAAUAUAGAGUUAAAAUGUGGAUCGAAAACAGAAUGGACGGUGCAUAAGCUCAGAGAUGAAAUCCGGGAAUACGUAGUAGCAUGUGAAAGAGCCGAAAGCAAAGAUGGGAAUACAACACAACCGGAAAUUCAAAGGGGAGGUACGCCGAAGUUCCAAAGAUAUCAAAACAAGCCACACUAUCCAGCAUACCGUCCUGAGAAAAUUUCAAGACCAGUGUAUAACGCUCCAGCGUCCGCGGAAGCUUUAGCAGUAAAUGUUAAGAGCAAAGCAACAAGCAAUGUUAAAGAUAGGUGUAGGUACUGCAGUGAACGACACUGGAGUGAUGAAUGUUUGAAAUAUAAAACAGUUGAAGAACGCAAAAGAAAAUUAAAUGGGUCCUGUUUCAAAUGUUUGAAGGAAGGUCACUUGGCAACUGAGUGUAAAUCGAAGAAAGUUUGUGUGCAUUGUGGUGAAAUGAACAAACAUCAUAGAAAUUUGUGCCCAAAGAAAUUUGAAAUUAGGUCAUCUAGUGUGCAUUUAUCAGAAGAAAUAAGUGAUGCAACUCCUCAGGAGGAUGAUAUGUCUGCGGAAGGACACGUUCUUAUUUCUUCAAAUGAAAUGGUGCUUAUGCAAACAGCACAGACAGAGAUUUGCAAUGAACAAAAUUUCGUUUACGAAAGGGCUCGUCUAUUAUUUGAUUCGGGGUCACAAAGGACCUACAUUACGGAAAGAUUAGCUACAAAGUUGGGUUUGAAACCUGAAGAUGAACAGGAGCUAAAACUUGUGACGUUCGGUAGUGAAAACACAAAAGUGAUAAAAACAAAGUCAGCCAAAAUAAGUAUCAAAUUAAAUAAUGGCUCCUACAUGAAAAUAACAGCAAAUGUUGUGCCCACUAUAAGUGGUACUAUUCAAAGGAAUCCAGUGAAACAACUGUUGACUAAGCAGAUGGAAAAUCUAGUGAAUAGUGUUGAAAUGGCAGACACAAUUCCAUCUGUGAAGGAAUAUUCAACAGUAGAAGUAUUGAUCGGAAACGAUUACUACUUAGACAUUGUGUUACUACAAAUAAUUGAAAUCGAACCCGAUUUGUAUUUGUUAGGCUCCAAGCUAGGAUGGAUUUUGACAGGCCGGACCAGUGAGGUUGAAAAGGGAAUGGAUACGGUAAAUAUGCUUGUCCUGACGUAUGGAAAUGACGUCACAAAUCAUAGUGUAUUCACAAGCAUAGACAGUGCUAUAACCACCAAACCAAACCUCGAAGACUUCUGGAAUAUUGAAUCCAUCGGCAUUACAGACAACGUGCAAAAUUCGAAUGAUGAAAUUGCAAUGAAGAAAUUCAAAGAAACUAUAAAAUUUGAAGAUGGUCGGUACCAUGUGACAUGGCCUUGGCGUGAUGAAGAGUUUGAAUUACCAGAAAACAGACAGUUAGCUUUAGGUCGUCUGAAGUCUAAUGUAUCACGAAUGAGUAGCAAACCAGAGCUAAUGAAAAGGUACAACGAAGUCAUUGAAGACCAACUCAAUAAAGGCGUUAUAGAAAAGGUGAGUUAUAAAGUUCAAGAUGGUAUGACACAUUACAUACCUCAUCAUGCUGUCAUUAACCCAGAAAAGUUAACCACGAAACUGCGCAUAGUUUAUAAUGCCUCAUCAAAGACCAGAAAGGAAAACAAAAGUCUGAACGAGUGCUUAUAUCGAGGUCCGGUGAUUCUGCAACAUCUCUGUGGAAUACUGUUACGAUUCCGUCUGCAUAAAAUAGCACUGGUUGCGGACAUUGAGAAAGCAUUUUUGCAGAUAGGACUGCAGUUAGAUCAAAGGGACGUAACAAGGUUUCUGUGGUUAAAGGACAUCAAUGCACCUACAGUAGAUUCCAGAAAUAUCCAGGAAUAUCGUUUCUGCCGGGUCCCGUUUGGGGUGAUAUCGAGUCCCUUCUUAUUAGGAGCAACGGUACAAAGUCAUAUGGACACAUACAAUACAGAUUUGGCUCAACAGGUGAAAGACAACAUGUACGUAGACAAUCUGAUAACCGGAACGAGUACUGAAGGUGAAGCGAUUCAUUUCUAUAUGUUCGGAAAAGCUUCAAUGAACUUACGAGAGUGGAUAUCUAAUAGUGAUAUUGUUAAUAAAUACAUACCAAGUGAUAGCAGAGCUGAUACGGAUUCGAUGUCUGUGUUGGGUUUGUGUUGGGAUCCAAAAAACUAUACAAUAUCGUUAAAACCGGCUGAAGUAUGUGAUAUGAAAAGUCCAACCAAGCGUGCCAUACUUAAGAACGUAGCUUCGAAGUUUGACCCUUUGGGAUUAUUUUCGCCAGUGCUUUUAAGGGGAAAGCUACUAAUACAACAACUUUGGCAAAAGGGGCUCGAUUGGGACGAUGAAAUCUCUGAAGAAGAUGCAUCACAAUGGAAUAUCAUUAAUAGUGAUCUUGAAAGCCUAUCCAGUCAAAAAUUACAGAGAUGCGUUACAACAGAAAGGGGAAAUUGUGUACAUUAUAGUUUGAUAUGUUUUUGUGAUGCUUCCAAAUUGGCAUAUUCAACAGCUAUUUAUUUGCGUCAAAGCACCACCGUUGAAACAAAAACUGAGCUUGUGUUUUCUAAAUCUAGGCUCGCUCCUGUGAAAGUUAUGACAAUACCUAAAUUAGAAAUAAUGGCAGUUGCGAUCGGUGUUCGGUGCAUCAAGUUUGUUCAAUGUCAGCUUAAACUACCAUUACAGCAUUUACAGCUCUACACAGAUUCACAGUGCGUUUUGAAAUGGAUUCAUUCAGAAAAGGAUCUCCCGGUGUUUGUGAAAAACAGAGUAAAUGAGAUCAAGACACACAGAGACAUUACAUUCGCCUAUGUUAAAGUAGGAAGGCUGCAAUAUGCAGAGCUCAGUGAAGGAUCGCGGUACCCCAUACUCGUACCUAAGAAAGAUAAGUUUACACAUCUACUGGUUGAAAGACAUCACAAGGAAAUUAUGCAUUGUGGAGAAUCUCAAACGCUAAGCAAUUUGCGAUAUAAAUAUUGUAUUCCUCAAGGACGGGCAACUGUAAAAUCGGUACUUCGUCAAUGUACAGUGUGUCGUCGUUGUGAAGGCGGCCCAUACAAAGUUCCUGAAAUGCCACCAUUGCCCAAAGUGCGUGUUGCAUCUUCAUCGCCAUUUACAUACACUGGACUGGAUUAUUUAGGUCCCCUAAACAUUAGUCAGUAG